AUGUGUCCGACUCCAAAAGCGCCCCUGCCUGCUGCCAGCGAAGACUUCUCCAGCUCGACAUCUUCCGGGGGCUGUAACACAAAGACCACACAAAAGGAGCUUGCGUGGCUGCAGCGCUGUCUGCCCAUCUUCGUUCAGCCGGACGUGGACAUCAAGAAUCGCAACGAUUUGGUCAAAACGUUUUUCCGCUUCGAGCGCGACGACGAGACUGGUCACCUCUUGUGCAAGCUCUGCAUUGUAUUUGCAAGUGAGUCGAGCUACAACCGCACGAAAGAGGAGGUUGAGAACUCGCUCGCUACGCUAUGUUACCGCACCUUCAACCGACGAACGUACAAGCGCACAGCUGACAUCAACUACAUGGAAUUCCGAAAUGUCGAUUUGGACCCCGACGCUUGUGUACCGUGGGCUACCAUCUACUCGCAGGAUCACGGGGGCAAGCAGCAGUGGGCACAGGGGGAGAAGAAGAACAUUGGUAACUGGUUCUCACUCAUGCAUCACUAUCAAGCGGAGAUUGCGGUUUCAGACUGGAAAUUGCAUCCACAGACUCACCGUCCGUAUGUGUACCUCAAUACUUGCAACCACAUGAUCGGCGAGAAGGACAACAAUCCGAAGCUUAGCAAGUUCAACUGGAUUGACUACCCGUUUCAGCAGGGUCAUGAAGAUGAUGUCCUCAGCUAUGUCGUGGACCACGUACCUACCAAGUGCAAUCUCUAUUCGUACGUUUGCUUUUGGCGAGCACGCAACGGUGGUGGUGUGUGUGAUCGCUUCCCAGGAGGCACGUCCGUGUCACGUGAUGGCAAGUCUAUUUACUUGCAGUAUGCGUCUACUACUCCGGGUGCAUAA